CCCUUAAGCUGAAUUAUUGGCGGGAAAAGCGACUCUUUCCGAGGCACGCCCCCCCCGCCCCCCGCGGUUCCGCUUCAGUGUCCCUCUGCCUGCCCUGCGCGGCGGCUGGCCUCGCCAGCCCGCUAUGGAGAAGCCGCCGGAGGAGGAAGCCGCCUCCACGCGCGAGGACAUCGGAGGGGAAGGCGGGCAGCUGCAGGCGGCCGGCGCCGCGGAGGCGAGCGAGGAGGACCACACGACCUUGCUGCUCAGACUAAGAGAACAGACAAAACAACAACUCUUGGAAUACAAAUCAAUGGUUGAUGCAAAUGAAGAAGAAACUCCAGAGGAAAUCUUGCAAGAAGAGCAAAUUGAAGCUAAAAUUGAAGGCCUGGAAAAUGAAAUUCAAGAUGCAAAAACUGCAUUUGAAGUGAAAACUCUUAUGUUACACAGGUUAAAACUUUCAGCUCUACUUGAAAAUAACCUGGAAAACAUCGACACCAAGAUGAGUUUGUUUAUCGAUAACAUGAAACAUAUAUUAAAGCUAAAUAAAUCAAUAACAGCAUCACAGCAGGAAUCUUGGGACUUAGAGGAAAAACUGCUUGCUGUUAGAAAAAAGAGAUUACAAUUAAAGCAAGCUUCAGCAAGUAAGCUUUUAGAAAUGCAAACUGAAAGAAACAAACAGAAAAAUAUUUUGGAGAGUAUGGAAAACUCGGGCAUGUUAAAGGACGUACGACAAAGCCUCCAGAAGGAGAUACAAAUUACUACAGUUGUUCAGCAUGUGUUUCAGCACACGAUCCCUCGUGCUGCUUGGAGGCUUCUAUUAUUUUGCAUUUUUAUUCAUAUUCUAACCUCAUUUUGGGGAGUAAAGUCAACUGGGCAGAGAUUCCUGCCUUAAAGGAAAUUGUUCUGAAUCUUGAAAAGAAUCUCACCAUGAUCUAAUAAGACUUCCUACUUUAGCAUUUUAAAAAUACCAUCUAAGUAGAUUUCAAGUGAAAAUGUAUUGUUAGUGGUUUGGGAACUGUUCUGUACUGUAUAAAAAAAUUUUUUUUUAAUUCUCAUGACAACAUGGCAUCUGUUAUUAUUUUUUUGCAUCUAUUGUUUUAAGGGUAAUUAGAGUAAUGACAAAGUAUAGAAGGAAUCUGAAAACCUUUGAGUUGGCAGACUGCUAAAAGACGCGCUGGACCAGCUUCCAUGAAGAGCCACGCUGUUUUCUGCACUAUUUCUGGCGGCCUUGAGUCUUGUUUGGAAUACUCCUGUACAUUUGUCUGUCUAGCAAAUAUGCUAGACAAGCAUGGCCAAAGGAUGAACACGUGGUCAUUUCUGGUGGGAGGAUGGGAGACUUUAACAAGUGGUAUUUCUUAUUCAGCAUCCACUACUUUUUUUUUAAAUCCCCGACUUCUGAUUUGCAUUUCCCUGAUGACAAAUGAUGUACUUACUGAUUGUUUGUAUAUAUUCCUUGGAGGAAUGUCCAUCCAGACCCUGUCCCCCAUCUUCGUUACUUUGUGUUUUUUAAUUGAAGCAGAAGGGUUCUUUACAUGUUGAAGGAGAAAGGUUUUCCAUUUUGGUGAAGCCCCUGGUUUUUGACACAGGUACACAAGCAGUUCAGUGGAGCGCGGAGCCAGUGGGAUCCUUAAAUGAACAAAAAGAACCUCCAUCCAGGCAUCCAUCACACUGGAUAUAAAAAUUAACUCACAAUGAUCAUGGACUUAGACAUGGAGUGUAAAACUAUACACGUAAAGGAAAGCAUAGGAGAAACCUUUCAAAAUAUUUAGGCCCAACAAAGAGUUCUUUGAUUUGGCACCUUCUGGCUGUAGAUUCACCACCAAGCCACACACAGUCAAGGCUUUUGUGUGACAGCUUUCCACUUACAACCCUGAUCACAGUCGCUUCAACAAAUGACCCCAGCAAUCUCAGUUUAGCACAAGAAAGUUUUGUUUUUCAUUUGUGCAACGUCCUCUGCAGGUUAGGAAACUCUUGUGGCACUCUGGAGAGAGAAAGGUCAUGGCUUUAUCUUAGCAUAAAUGCAUCGGUGUUGUUCAGGGUCACUGGCCAGAACAGUCACGUGAUCUUCCGCUCAGCUUCAUUUCCGGUUGGGCAUAUUUGAUUUCUUGCGCCAUUGGGUAUCCUCUUUGCUUAUACUGAUACAAUAAAAUAUAUAUUGUUUUAAUCCUUCCCUUUCCUGAAAAUGCAGCACUAUUAGGCAUUAAAUUGUGUCUUCCUCAAA